AUGAGCCGCUGGAUACUCCCAGAAGCGCUAAGCAUCGCCAAUCCAGCCCCCGUCCCGCCCCGGGAGCCGGCCUCCCCCCGUCCCGUCCCGUCCCGCCCCGCUCCGGCGGCUCGGCUCUGCCCAGAGCCUUACCCCCGAUCUGUAGAUGAAGAAAGAAAAAUAGAGUACAAAGCUGCUGUCAAAAUUCAGAGCUGGUUUCGCGGAUGCAGAGUCCGAGCCUAUCUGAGAUAUCUGAAUAAAAUGGUGAUUUUUAUACAGAAGUGGUGGAGAGGCUAUCGAAGCAGAAGAUACUUCAGAAAAAUGGUGCAGACAGCAUAUUUUAUUAUGAAGAUGAAUUUCUACAAUGAAAUGGCUGUCAGGAUUCAGAAAAGAUGGCGAGGCUAUUAUGUUCGGAAAUAUAUCCAUAAUUAUUAUGCACUGAAGAAAUACCUGGAAGCCAUUUCUGUGAAUAAUGAGAUUGUCAGGAGUGAACUCCAAGAGUACACAGAAAUGAAGGAAAAUGAAGAGAAAAGGAAAGACCUAGAAAAGAAAGAAAAGGAAAAGAAAUACCAAGCCCGAAAGAUGCAUUACCUCCUUAGCACUGAGCAGAUUGCAGGCAUCUACAAUUCACCAUUCAGAAAAUCCCCAGAUCCAAUGGAACUGCUGCUACGGAAGUCAAAGCCAUUGAGCCACAGACGGCAGCAAAUGAAGAGUCCCUUUGCCUAUGAGCUGUAUGACUGGCCAACUUGUAGAAGGCCUCCGGCUUUCUCCACAGCCCAGCCUCUGCCACCUAUUGGCAGACAGAAACCUCAGGGGCCUUUCCGUGAUACUGCUGAAGUAUUGCAGCAGCGCUACAAGCCUUUGGAACCAACCUUGCGGGUGGCAGCAUCAAUCAAUUCACCACUAGAGAAGGCCAGAGAGGAAAUGAAAAGGGAGGAAUGGAGAAACCGUAUACAUGUCAAUGAAUUUCUGCCGUUUUCUUCAUAUCAUAAAAAUGAGAAGUACGACCCAUCAAUUCAUAGGUCAGGCAAAUAUGUCCAAGAAACUUACGGAGUUAAACACUUCCGAGAAGUACAGCCUAAGAAGUGGGUAGCAGACAAGGACUUUCAAACUGUGUUACCAUCGAUUGUUCUCUUCGAAAAGUUUGGAAAAACAUAUUCCAGAACUGGGCAAAUUGUGUAA